ACAAGAUGGCAGACCUGAAAACCCUAAUUUGUUUUUUGGCAAAAUAAGUUAUCAUUCUAUUUUAUUUAUCUCUUUAAUUACAUUGGCGAUGCAGCAUCUGAUAAAUCAGAGAGAUGCAAUAAAAUAAGCUAAUUUACAAUAAGUCAUCUUAAGUAAGAUUGAUUAAGUGCGUGCGAAAAAGGCAGAGGGGGAUUGAUGGCUGCUUCUUUAGAUGGAAAAGCAAGAAAGAGCAAGAACUGCAGCUGUGCUAGUUUUCGUUGUUCGAGUUUACCGGAUGAUGUGCUGGUUGAAAUCCUCUGUCGAGUUACUGAUCGCAAGCAUCUCAUUAGACUCAAAAGUGUUUGCAAAUCUUGGAACAAUCUGAUUACUGAUGCUUGUGUUCGAAAAAUCUCAGCUUCUUCACCUCUUCAUGGCUUUAUUUACCUUGCGAAGAAGAUCAGAUUUGGAAAACCAUACAUUGAUUACAUCCCUUUCGCCAUUACUCCGGCAGUUGCACCGGAACCACAUGAAUUUGUCAAGUCCUAUUCUUCGCUGUUGCCUUUUGAACCUGCCCGGGGUGAUUUCCUUGAUUGUUGCAACGGUUUGCUUUUGUUUGUUGAGGGUUGCACUCUGCAGUACUAUGUAUGCAAUCCGGCGACAAAACACUGUGUAGCGAUUCCUAGAGGUUCUAUGCUCGAAAACAUAAUUUUUGCGGCCCUGGCUUUUGAUCCUUCCAUAUCACCUCACUACAGAGUUGUUUGCUUUGAUUAUUCAGAGUCUAGCCCCCCUGUAAGAUUGCAGGUGUUCUCAUCCGAGACUGGCAACUGGACUGGGCAUGAAACACCUUUUGGAUAUUCAAAGAAGAAGUGUAAAGUGGUCAAGCAUUGUAUUUACUUGGAUGGAGCGCUGUACUGUAUAUCUACCUCAAAACACAUUAUCUGUUUUGAGCUUAACAGAGAAAAUUCUCGUGCCAUUGAGCUUCCGGAGAAGGAGAGACUUGAUCCUAAUGGCUCUGGAUGCGUUGGGCAGUGGAGGGGCCAUUUAUGCUAUUCUGAUCUUGUCGGAACUGCAUUUUACUUUUGGUUGCUUGAGGAUCGUUGCAAGAAUGACAGAUGGACUCUGAUUCACAAUAUCAAUGUUGAUUAUUUGGGAAAUCUCCGGCUUCAGCGGGAUAGUAUGACUACUAUUGACAGAUUUGGUAAAAUCUCAUCUUUCAGGCCCUUCGCCUUGCAUCCAACCUCUGAUGUAAUUUUCUUUGGGACUCCGGGUGUUAUGCUCAGCUAUCAUCUUGAAGACAAGAGGUUGAAAUUGAUUUACAGAACAAAGAAAGACAGGCUAAUACUCCUGGGGCAGCUCAUGAUCUUUCCAUACACCCCAUGCCUGGUGAAUUUGAAAGAUUUCGGUUAAAGGGAUUGCAGUUUGAGCCAGCCAUAAGUAACCAGCCUCCUUUGUUUGUCUGAUAUUUUUCUGAAACUACGGUUUCGGUUUCUUUUAAUACCUUUAUGCUAUUGAUGGAACGUUAUCAUCUACGGAGAUGAUAAGCAAAAUAAUCAAUACAAUUCUAGCUGUAGAAGUUUUGGUUAUUCAGUUAA